AUGACUACCAAUCGUGACUUAUUGGUAAAUUAUUGUGAAUUCCCUGAACCAGAACCUGUUGCUCUUGGUGAUGGUCGUUGUGUUAAUGAGUACGGAUAUGGACAAGUAGACAUCACUAUGAUACUUGGAAAUAAAGAGAAAGAGCAACGGAAAUCAAUUCUAACAAAGGUACUCUAUGUUCCAAAAUUAGCUACAAAUCUUUUUAGUGCACGUGCAGCAGCAUCUAAAGCCAAGGUGGUGCAAUUUGGCAACACCCUCUGUUGGAUUAAGGAUUUGAAGGGACAAGUUGUAGCUCAUGAUCGACUUGUUGGGAACAUGUACCGUCUUAAUUGCAAAGUUGCCAAACAUGGAAACCGAGCAUCAAUUGCUAAUGAAACUGGUGCCAAACUAAAUCUAUGGCACCAAAGAAUAGCGCAUUUAAAUGCCGGUCAAAGGAAAAUCAUGGCUUCAAAGGAACUUAUUACAGAUACGGACAUACCUGGAACUGGCAAGUUAAGUUUUUGCGAGGUCUGUGCGGAAGGAAAGGCUCACCGAGCGCCAUUUAAGCCAAUGGGAGAAAUUAAGUCAACGAGAAGGUUAGAGUUGGUCCAUAGUGGUGUUGCCGGACCGAUGAAAACUGAAAGCUUUGGACGUGCAAAGUACUUCGUCACCUUCAUCGAUGAUUACUACAGAUGUGUCACUGUUUACCCAAUGAAGUAA